AUGAAGGCCAACUUUGCCCUUCUGGCUCUCACUGCCAGCCUUGGCGAGGUCUCCGCUCACUGGGGUAACUGGAAGGAUGCUCCCAAGUACACUCCUCCCCGUGCCAUCGACAACAAGUGUGAGGAGAACCAGAAGAAGGGCUGGUACUGGGAUGACCUCCAGGUCGGCCAGUUCGAGAAGUACAACGACUUUGAUUUCAAGGGCUGGACCUGUGGAACCGACAAGUCGAAGCGCGAUCUCACUGGCCGACACUUUGGCAAGUCUAUCUCUGCCGAUUGUGGCUCCGCCAAGGAGGAGGCUCCCUCUUUCGGCUGCGGCGCUGGCAGCAAGGAGAAGUCCUUCUCUCUGAAGAAGUUCCACGUCCGACCCGAGUUUGACUGCCGUCUCGAGUUCCACUAUGACAUGCCUGACGGCUCUACCUGCAAGCACCAGGCCGACUGCUCCAAGGACGGUACCGAUGUUUACAACACCCAGUGUGGUGGUGCCAAGCAUGUUCGCUUCGUCUACCCCAAGCAGCCCAACAAGCCCAAGGACAAGUGCCGUGUCGAGGUUCCCCAGAUCGACUUCGACUGUGACAAGCCUCAGCCUCCCACCCCUCCUUAUGGCGAGAACACCAAGACCGUCCCCUCCGGCGAGAACACCAAGACUAUCCCCUACGGUGACAACACUAAGACCGUCCCUGCUGGUGAGGAGACCACAACUGCUCCCGCCGGUGGCAACACCGAGACUGUCCCCUACGGCGAGAACACUGAGACC